AUGUUAAAUGAAGUUAGUUAUUUUAAAGGUAUCAAAAUGGAAGAUAUUAAGACUUUAUCUGAUUGUAUUUUUAAAUUAACUAGUGAUGAUUAUGAUAUGAAUGAUUGGAACAUCAUUUACAAGAUUAUUUAUGGUGAGGAAAAAGAUAUUAUUAUAUUACCAAGCAAAGAAUAUUCGUGUAUUUUUAAAAAUAAUUAUUACGCAGAUAAAUUUUAUAAGGAAAAAAUGAAGAAUUUAGAUCCAUUUUUAACUUCAAAUAAAAUUCAAAAAAUGAGUUUUUAUGAAUGUUCCUUGUUUAAAAUAAUUGGAAAACUUGUAUAUAAAAAUGGGUUGUGUGUUUUUAAAUAUAAUUUAGAUAACGUUAACAGUUUUAUUUACAGUUUAAAUAAUUUGAUGAGAUUUACACUUUUUUAUAAUCAACUUAAACAAUCUUUAAAUUCGGUUAAGAACAAUGAAAAGAAUUUAAAAAUUGAAUUCAAUAAUUUGGUAAAAUUAUUUAAUAGAGAAACAGACGAUUUAAGAAAUUAUAUAGAUACGUUUAAAGAAAAUUAUUUUAUUGAAAAUAUGACAACAAUAUUUUUUUUCAGUAAGUAUAUAGAUAAUUAUAAAAUAAUCAAUAAGAAAAAUGUUUAUUGUAUAGAAGAAUUUAAGAAUAAUUUAAGAAGACUUGGAUCUGAUUUUUUGAUAUUUAUUAAUAAAUAUUGGAUAUUUCCGAAAACAGAUAAAGACAGAAAGGUUUAUGUAUUUUUAUCUAGAAAUAGAAGAUCUUUAUUAAAAGAAUUCGACAAGUACAAUAAAGAAUUAAACUAA